AUGAGUGCUGAACAAAAGGUUGAAAAACCUAUUGAAGGUGAAGUAAAGAAAGAGAAAACAGCUAAAGAAUUAGAAAAGGAACGUAAGAAAGCUGAAAAAUUAGCUAAAUUUAAUGCUAAGAAGGCCAAACAAGCAGAAACUGUUAAAGUUGAAAAGAAACCUAAGAAGGAAAAGAAACCAGUUGAAGCUGUUCCUGAAUUCGUUGAUAAAACCGUUCCUGGAGAAAAGAAAAUCUUAGUAUCAUUAGAUGAUCCAGCUUUCAAAGCUUAUAAUCCAAAGAAUGUUGAAAGUUCAUGGUAUGAAUGGUGGGUUAAACAAGGACUUUUCGAACCAGAAUUUACUGAAGAAGGUAAACCAAAACCUGAAGGAAUUUUCACCAUUCCUGCUCCACCUCCAAAUGUUACUGGUGCUUUACAUAUAGGGCAUGCUUUAACUGUUGCUUUACAAGAUGCUUUAAUAAGAUUCUAUAGAAUGAAAGGUAAGACUGUUUUAUACGUUCCAGGGUUCGAUCAUGCUGGUAUUGCUACUCAAGCAGUUGUUGAAAAACAAAUUUGGGCUCAAGAAAAGAAAACUAGACACGAUUUUACCAGAGAAGAUUUCGUUGCUAAAGUUUGGGAAUGGAAAGAAGAAUAUCACAAUAAGAUUAAAAAUCAAUUCAAGAAAUUAGGUGCUUCAUAUGAUUGGAACAGAGAAGCUUUCACUUUAAGUCCAGAAUUAACUGAAGCUGUUGUUGAAGCUUUCGUUACCAUGCAUGAUGAUGGUACUAUUUAUAGAGAUGAUAGAUUAGUCAAUUGGUCAGUUAAAUUGAAUACUGCCAUUUCUAACUUAGAAGUCGAUAAUAAAGAUAUUGCUGGUAGAACCUUAUUAUCAGUACCAAAUUAUGAAUCUAAAAUUGAAUUUGGGGUUUUAACUCAUUUUGCUUAUCAAGUUGAAAAUUCUGAUGAAAAGAUUGUUGUUGCUACUACCAGACCUGAAACUAUCUUUGGUGAUACUGCGGUUGCUGUUCAUCCAAAUGAUGAACGUUAUAAACAUUUACAUGGUAAAUAUGUUAUCCAUCCAUUUGUUGAUAGAAAAAUCCCAAUUAUUACUGAUUCAGAAACUGUUGAAAUGGAGUUUGGUACUGGUGCUGUUAAAAUCACUCCAGCUCAUGAUCAAAAUGAUUAUGCUACCGGUAAAAGAAACAACUUAGAAUUCAUAAAUAUUUACACUGAUGAUGGUUUAUUAAACGAAAAUUGUGGUAAAGAAUGGGAAGGUGUUAAGAGAUUCGAUGCUAGAUAUAAAGUUAUUGAAGCUUUGAAACAAAAAGAUUUAUUUGUUGCUCAAGAAGAUAAUCCAAUGACAAUUCCUGUUUGUUCUAGAUCAGGAGAUAUCAUUGAACCAUUAUUGAAACCUCAAUGGUGGGUUAGUCAAAAACAAAUGGCUGAAGAUGCUAUUAAAGCUGUUAAAUCAGGAGAAUUAAAAGUCACUCCAGCUGUUAGUGAAGCUGAUUAUUUUAGAUGGUUAGAAAAUAUUCAAGAUUGGUGUAUUUCAAGACAAUUAUGGUGGGGUCAUAGAUGUCCAGUUUAUUUCGUUAAUUUUGAAAAUGAAGAUAACGAUAGAAGUGAUAAUAAAUAUUGGAUUGCUGGUAGAACUUAUGAAGAAGCUUUAGAAAAAGCUCAAAAGAAAUUCGGUACUGAAAAAUCUUUUGUUCUUGAACAAGAUGAAGAUGUCUUGGAUACUUGGUUCUCAUCAGGUUUAUGGCCAUUCUCAAUUUUGGGUUGGCCAAAAAAUACUGAAGAUAUGAAAAAUUUCUAUCCAAUGUCAUUAUUAGAAACUGGUUGGGAUAUUUUAUUCUUCUGGGUUACUAGAAUGGUUUUAUUAGGUAUAAAAUUAACUGGUAAAUCACCAUUUUCUGAAGUUUUCUGUCAUUCAUUAGUUAGAGAUUCUCAAGGUAGAAAAAUGUCUAAAUCUUUAGGUAAUGUGGUUGAUCCAAUUGAUGUUAUUAAUGGUAUCCCAUUACAACAAUUACAUGAUAAAUUGAAAGUCGGUAAUUUAGAUCCAAAAGAAAUUAAAAAAGCUGAAGAUGGUCAAAAAUUAUCAUAUCCAAAUGGUAUUCCAGAAUGUGGUACUGAUGCUUUAAGAUUUGCUUUAUGUGCUUAUACUACUGGUGGUAGAGAUAUUAAUUUAGAUAUCUUAAGAGUUGAAGGUUACAGAAAAUUCUGUAACAAGAUGUAUCAAGCCACUAAAUUCGUUUUAGGUAGAUUAGGUGAUGAUUAUCAACCUCCAGCUACUGGUGAUUUAACUGGUAAAGAAUCAUUAGUUGAAAAAUGGAUUUUACAUAAAUUAACCAAAACCAAUGAAAUUGUUAAUAAAAGUUUCGAUGAAAGAAAUUUCUUUGAUGCUACCACUGCUAUUUAUAAUUUCUGGUAUGAUUUAUGUGAUGUUUAUAUUGAAAAUUCCAAAUCUUUGAUUCAAGAUGGUACCGAAGAACAAAAGAAAUCUGCUCAAGAUACCUUGUAUACUUGUAUUGAUGGAGCUUUAAGAUUAAUUCAUCCAUUUAUGCCAUUUAUUUCUGAAGAAAUGUUCCAAAGAUUACCAAGAAGAUCAACUGAAACCGAUAUCAUCUCAAUUUCUAAAGCUCCAUAUCCUGUUUAUAACAAACAAUUUGAUGAUGUUAAAUCAUUAGAAGCUUAUGAAUUAGUUAUUGAAAUUACUAAAGGUGCUAGAUCUGUUUUAUCACAAUAUAAUAUCAUCAAGAAUGGUCAAAUCUUUAUUGAAGCUAAUACUGAAGAAUUCUAUCAAAUUGCUGAAUCACAAAAAUUAUCAAUUGCUUCAUUAAUUAAAGGUGUUGAAUCAGUUACCGCUGUUAAUAAUGUUAAAGACAUUCCUUCAGGUUGUGCUUUACAAUCAAUUAAUCCUGAUUGUUCAGUUCAUGUUUUAGUUAAAGGACAAAUUGAUAUUGAUGCUGAAAUUACUAAGGUUAAUAAGAAAUUAUCCUCAGCUAAAGAAUUCACUAAAAAGACUGAUGAAUCAAUUAGUAAAUUCACUGAAAAGACCAAACCUGAAGCAAAAGAAGCUGCUUAUAAAAGAAAAGAAAACUUAGUUGCUGAAAUUGAAGGAUAUGAACAAACCAUUGCCAUUUUAGAAAAAUUAAAAUUGUAG